AUGCCCCUUCAAGUCACACUCGUAGCAUCAACUUCCCUCUUCGUCCAUUUGUGUUCCCUCACAAGCGCCAUACGGGCUUUCAGACACCACCCAGCAGCUCCGAAUCAAAAUGCCAAACAUCACCUCCCACCUCGUUCCGAGCUCGGUAAACUCCAGUAUGAAGAUGAAGAUGGUGCCGCGACAAGCGAAUCAAUUUCGUCCUUCGGCAAUGGAAUCCCGAGAUUUUUCAUUACGACAGGCGCAAUCACCGGACUUCCGAUCUCCAUAUUCCUCGCCACAUAUGAUUUGCUGCCUGGCCAUGAGAUGGAAGGAAGUGGUAGUCUCCAGCUACUCAAAUGGAUCUGCGUCGCUGCUUGGUUCUCGAUCUCAGUACAGGUCAUUUUUAUGGUUCGAGAGCGCAGUACAGUGAAACGCUUUGACAUGGGAUCAUGUGUGGCCAUCUCAUGCUUUUCACUCUCAGCUUCUCUAUUCUUUGCUUACCUGUGGACACGCUCGAAUGUGAAGAUCCCAGAUCAGGAGUUCAAUCUGUUCAUGGGACAGUUUAUGGUUGGUUUGAAGACAUUCUGGGCCUGUGGCACCUUAAAAAGACGACCUGAGGUGUAUCAUGAAGGGCGGAUUAUCGAUUCCCAGUACACUUCGUCAUUCUUCACAAGAUAUUCGUUCAGCUGGAUCGCGCCGCUUCUGGACAAAGCACAGAUUGUCGACUCAUUACAAAUGUCAGAUCUGCCCGGGAUGCACAACGAUGCACGUGCUCAGACCCUCCGAAGCAGCUUUGAGGUAACCAAACGAGAGCGCGGCACCGUGAAACGAAAACUGUGGCGCAUCAUCUUGAAGGAUCACAAAGAUCUAUUUCUUCACGAAUGGACCCUGGCAAUUGUAGAGCCAUUUGCUUUGAUGUUCCCUCAGAUCUGUCUCUUCCGGAUUCUCACCAUCUUGGAGCACCGGUCACAUUCUGCUGAGGGGAAGAAAGAGCUGUGGCUGUGGAUUCUAGCUUUGGGAGUCUCGAAAUUUGUUCACCUGUUACUGGAAACAUGGCUAGAGUGGAUCAAAUUUGGUCUGCUGGCUACACCCGUUAGGUCACAACUGACAGCACUGAUAUUCGCCAAAUCUCUCCGCAUGAAAAAUGUCAAAGAUGCUGGCCAAGAUCAGCGGAAGACAAUUGCAGAAGAGAAUCUAGCAGAAGCAGAGGAGAACAACUCAAAGUCCUCAUACUCUGCAAAGUCCUCAUUCUCGGAGAAUAGAGAUAGCGACGAAGAAGAGAACAUCGCACUUCUCGAGAUCAAAGAUCAUUCAGAAAAGUCCCAGCCCACCAACACAGCAAUAACAUCCCACGCAACACUCGUAGGCGUAGACGUCCAACGCGUAUCCAUGUUCUGCGGAGAAAACGCUCUCUUAUUAGGAGGCAUCGUGAAAAUGAUCCUCGGCAUCUGGUUCCUCAUCUACCUCAUCGGCUGGAUCAGUACCUUCGCAGGUCUAGCCAUGCCCUUCCUAAUGCAACCGAUCAGCAUCUUCGUAUCCAGGAACUACGGCAAGGCACAAGCAUCCGUGAUGUCCGCGCGCGACGAGAAAACCCACAUCAUCACCGAAGUGCUGCACGGGAUCCGCCAGAUCAAGUUCUCGGCUCUAGAAGACAAAUGGCAAGCUCUAAUCAUGCAGUCGCGGGAGAAAGAGCUGAGAGCGCAGACGAGAGUGUAUUCCUGGAUGAUAUUCCUGCUCAUGACGUGGCUGUCGAUGCCGAUUCUGCUUGGUGCUGUGGGACUUAGUUUGUAUGUUUGGAUUAGUAGGUCUAUGCUUGCUUCUGUGGCGUUUACGGCGCUUUCGGUGUUUUCGACGUUGGAGUUUACGAUGAGUGCUAUUCCUAUUAAUAUUGCCAAGUUUUUGGAUGCAAGGAUCAGUUGUGAUAGGAUUCAGCAGCAUUUGGAACUUCUUGAUAAAGGAGGGAGUACAGGGUCUGGUGAUGGUGAGAAUAUCGUUUUCAAAGAUGCUGAAGUACACUGGCCCAGUUAUGGGAGGAAAGUGGAAGCAUUUUCUCUCGGGCCGAUGGAUCUAAGCUUCCCAUCGAGAGCAUUGAGUCUCGUGCAUGGAAAGACAGGAGUUGGUAAGAGUCUGUUACUAGCAGCUAUCAUCGGAGAGGCAGACAUUGUAGAAGGGAGUAUCGAUUCGCCCCAAUCGCCCGCAAGUAAGGAUGCGGCGGACUACCCAAUAACAGCAGAAGGUUGGAUCAUUCCCACCAGCAUUGCCUACGUUGCACAAAUACCGUGGAUUGAAAACGGCACCAUCCAAAGCAACAUCCUAUUCGGCCUCCCUCUCGACUCCACCCGCUACGACUCAGUCAUCCACGCCUCAGCGCUCUCUCCAGACCUAGAAGUGAUGCCCGAUGGCGACCAGACUCAAGUCGGUGCCGUAGGAGUAACACUAAGCGGAGGCCAAAGACAACGCUUGACUUUCGCGCGUGCACUAUACUCCCGUGCAGGUAUCCUUGUUCUAGAUGACAUUUUCAGUGCGGUUGAUGUUCAUGUCGGUCGGCAUAUUCUCGAGCAUGGGAUUAAGGCUUCGCUUAGGAUGGGUCGGACUGUUAUUAUCGCGACGCAUCAUGUUGACAUGGUUCUGCCUUUAGCGAGCUAUGUUGUUGACUGUGGAGAGGGCACCGCUUUGGGAAUGAUAAAACAGCCUGAAGAGAUCCUUGAAGACCCGGAGCCAAUUAACAAUAUCGCUUCCGAAAACCCACUACCUCUUUCAGACGAUGAUGAUUCUUUCGUGGACAUGCCACUGGAGGAAUUGAGCUUCCCGAGAAUUUCUCAGGCACCUCAAGCAUCACCGGAUACCGAAUUCCUCGAGCAAGGCCGCGUGAAAUGGAGAGUCUACAACGCCUACGUUCACUUCUCAGGUGGCUGGACCUCCUGGUUCCUCGGCUUCUUCAUCUUCCUAUUCUCCACCUUCCUCCUCUUCGCACGCUCCUACUGGAUCAAGAUCUGGAGCGAAGCCUCCGAGCGACCACCAAUCUCCGGACCCGUCCCAGCAAACGACAACAACCAGGCCAUCCAAAACAGCAAAGCCACAGAGCAUUUGAUCUACUACUUGACAAUUUACCUCUCUCUAUCCUUCAUCUCCGUCCUCUUCAUCGGCCUCAAAAUCGCCGCCCUACUUUUCCUCUCCCUCCGCGCCUCCAAAUCCCUCUUCGAAACCUUCACCUCGCGCAUCAUCCGCACGCAGCUGCGAUGGCUGGACACCGUCCCCACAGGCCGCAUCCUCAACCGCUUCACCAGCGACUUCGCUCUCAUCGACUCCCAGCUCGGUAUGGAUUUCGUGCUGUUCCUGAACCGGCUACUGGCCAUGGGAACCAUCGCCAGUGCCGCCUUGCUUCUGUCUCGGUAUAUGCUCUUCCCGGUCUUGCUCUUCACAUUGGCGUGUAUAUACUACACGUCGCUGUACCUACCUCUCGCGCGCUCGAUUCGGCGCUUAGAAUCCAACGCUCGAUCUCCAGUCUUCGAUCUUUUCGACUCGGCGAUCUCGGGACUAAGCACGAUUCGCAGUUUUGCCAAGGGAGAGGAGUACCUCUCUCUCAUGGACCAACGCAUCAACGACCACACCCGAGCAUCAUGGUAUAUCAUCCUCGCCAACCGCUGGGUAGCAGCUCGGCAGGGCCUGAUCGGCGUAUUAUUCGCUUUAUGCCUAGCAGCCUCGAUCGUGCUGCUUCCAGGAAUAAGUAUUGCGCUUGCAGGGUUUGCGUUGAGUUUUGGGGUGGAGUUCUCGAGGUUGGUGGUUAUUACUGUUGCGCAGUAUGCGGCGUGGGAGUUGGAUAUGAACUCCACGGAACGUGUUUUAGAAUAUAUCACUACCGCACCAGUUGAAAACCUAUCCGGUACACCAGCUCCAGCGAACUGGCCGAGUAAAGGUGAAAUCGAGUUCCGGGAUUUCGAAACUGGGUACGGACCUGGCCUCCCAUCAGUCUUGAAGAAUCUCAACGUCACGUUCCAAUCUCACCAGCGGAUUGGGGUGGUAGGUAGGACAGGCAGUGGGAAAUCGACAUUGACACUCGCAUUGUUCCGGUUCUUAGAGGCGAGGAAAGGAUCGAUUCUCAUAGACGGGGUUGACAUCUCUACCCUUUCGCUGAGUGAGCUUCGCCGCAAUCUGUCCAUUAUACCGCAGGAUCCAGUAUUGUUUUCGGGUACGCUACGGUCGAAUCUCGAUCCGUUCAAUAAGUACAGCGAUCAAGCGCUGCGAGGUGCCAUGGCCAAGCUGCAUCUUGGAAAUGAGAAUGGCUUGGACCAGGAUCCAGGGUUGGCGGUGGGAGGGGUAGACUCCGGGAUGGAAGCUUCAACAUUGGAUAUCUUUGCGGAUUUUGAAUUUCGGAUCUCGAGAGGUGGAUUGAAUCUCUCUUCGGGGCAGAGACAGCUCGUUUGCUUGGUCCGCGCCCUCCUCACCCGUCCCCGUCCCCAAAUCCUCAUCCUCGACGAAGCGACCAGCGCCGUCGACCAAACGACAGACACUUUGAUCCAGCGCAGCCUACGGCAGAACUUCCAGAACCAGGACCAGGAGGACUGCUGCACCCUGAUCGUGGUUGCGCACCGGUUGGAGACACUGGUGGGGUUUGAUAGGAUAUUGGUGCUUGAUGGGGGGAAGGUGGUUGGUGGUGGGUUUUGA